GUUUUUUUGUUUUUGUUUUUUUUUCUGCUUUUCCUCCAAAACCCUAAAGCCAAAGCUAUUUCCUUUCAAAAACUUAAACCCUGUAAGCUGAGAAAUGAGAAUGGCCACCUCAGCAGCCGCAAGAUCCAUUUUCCGCUCCUGCGCCUCCCGCAGCUGCGGCUCGGCGGCGCGGCUCGCCUCCGAAGCCAAAGCCGCUCGCUUCCCUUUUCGUAUGGCAGGCAAGCGACCUUCCUCUUCUCCCGCGCUUAGGUCUCCCGUUGAAUUGAGCUUCUGUGUGGAGUCAAUGCUGCCCUACCACACAGCAACAGCAUCGGCUUUGAUGACUUCGAUGCUCUCCAUCACUCGCCGCAGUUAUGGUUGGCUUCCAGAAGAUUCUUGAGGAAUGCAGAUCCAUCCCCUCAAGACGUUGACCUCCAAAGCGCCAUAAACAGUGUUUCCGGCCCUGAGCUUACAUUUCAUUUGGUCACCUUUUGUAAUAGAUCAUCGAACAGCCAAUCCUCAUCACACAUCAUAUUGUUUUUCCCUCCUAAGUAGUUCCUCUGGAAUUUGUGGUUAGUGAGAGUAGUCAAUGAGAUAAUACUCAUCUGAGUUUAUUACUACCCUCGUGGCCUGCACUAUUUGCACACUGGGCAAAAGUUUGAACUGACCACAUGAUGUGCCAAACUAAUGUGUGUUCUUUUUCUUUUUUUUUUGGUCUGAGAGAUUGUUGUAUUAAAACAUCCCAGAACGGGAAGCAAAUACAACACAGCUGGCAGAACCAGCAAGAACACUAAUGUGUGUUCUUUUGGCCGGAUGUGAUUUGAUUAUUUUCUUUUGAAAAAUGGAACUUUAAAAUACCAAUCUUCAACAUUAGGCCUUCCCUUCUUACCCUCUUCCUCUCACUUCUGGCCGCCGUUUUUUUUUUCUCAUCUCCCCCAUGAUCGGUUUUCCAUUGCCCUAGCACCCUUCAAUUUAUUUAAUUUUGAGGUGCCAACGCAUACAUUCUUGGAUGAGAACAAGUUAUUGAAUGGUUGAAAUCUUUGGUGUUGUCAA